GAGGAUUGUUUUGAUUUCAAUUUCGCUGCCGCGAUUUCAGCAUGGCAUUUCAGGUGACCUUGGCCUCCGGCAAAGAGAUCAAGACGACAGUGGCAGCAGGUGGGCGCGUGGGCGAUUUGAGACAAGAGGUUGCCGAGACCUUGGACCAACACCCCAGGAGUGUCGAACUCAACAGUGGUGGUAACGUUCUUGCUGAUGAGGACAAGGUUCCUGACUCUCAAGUGACAAUUGUUCUGGUGCGUUUGCCAUGGGUGGGUGCCACACCUGAGAAGGUCAAGGACCUUGGUGGGGGCGAGUUUCAGAUUGUUGACGAGGAGGAGAAGAAAGGUGGUUCAAAAUGCAAUGCACUCUGUGAGGUGGGCUUCUCAAGUGGCACCGAGUACUUCGAGGUAGAGGUGGUUGAGGGUUCUGGUGCUUUCAUUGGUGUCAGCACCAAGGCAGGAUUUUCUGAGGGCUACAAGAUCAAAGGAUUGUUCUUUGGUGGGCCAGGCAAUCUCAGCAACGGCAGUGCUGGUUUGCGAACACAAUUCGGGCAGGAGGUGAAACCGGGUUCAGUCAUUGGUGUCACCUUGGAUCUGACUGAUGAGAAGACAGUGGGCAUCACAUUCUGGGAAGGUGAUACAUGUCUUGGUGAGGCUUUCAAGGAUUGUGCACGUGAGCCUGGUGCCAUGGUAUUCCCUGCUGUAUGUGCCAGUCAUUCGGGGGAUCGUUUCAAAUUGUCCCUGAAAAGAAAUCCACGGAAAGCCAAGCUGGUCACACCCCACCCAGCUGUUGGAUGCUGGGAUUUGCAACGCUUGGUGGUCGAUGGUGAGCUGGUGAAUCUAGAUGCAGCCCUGACCAUCAAAGGCAAAGGCAAAGGCAAAGGAUAUGCCGCCGAAGGUGAGGAAAGCAAGGGCAACAUUGUGAUGGCAAUCAGCAGCCGCGACAUGAAGCUCUUCAAGAUUUCCCUGAGGUUGGCCAACACCUUGAUGACCAGUGUGGUAGUCACAACUGGAGCCGAUGGUACGGAAGAGCUGAAGGUCGGCAUGGUGGCGGGAACGAUGGUCAUGGCACCUCCGCCUUUGAUGGACCUGGAGCAGCGCUUCUGCAAGGCCUUGCCAUUGAUCACCAGCUGGGCCAUCACAGAUUCGAGGUUGGACCUUCGUGGUGAAGCCGUUGAGAUGGACUUUAUCCACUAUGAUGCGCCUCCAGUGGAGCCAGUCUCAAGCCCACUACCGUGAGGGUGUGAUGUGGCGAAAACAUGCGAAAACAUGCUUCAUCUUAUUUCAUUUUGACUUGGAAAGCAAAAGCCCACAACCUAGCUUUCAGGCCAGCCGCGGUAUCAACAUUCCUAAGAUUGUUCGCGGGCCUAUCCGCUGGUUUUAAGUUUUACCCAAAUCUCAAGAAAUGUUGUCAACAUGCUCUGAUCAGUGUGUUUUUGGAGGGAAAUGUUUGCGAGAGACCGCAGCCUGUCGGACAGUCGUCCAAUCGAUUUCAAACAGCUUCUCAGCCUGAGGAAUCUUCUCACCCUGAGAUCAUUGAUUAAUACUGAUACUGAUACUGACACUGGUACUGUAAAAA